AUGCAGGGGUGGUGGCGAGUCUAUCUGGCUCAGUGGGCAGCCCUGACCCUCCAAUGCGCAGGGCACAGCAUCCCCGGAGACGACUCGGAGCUGAACUAUUAUGGGGACAAUGUGAUUGACCUGCUGGAGGCCCUCAACAUCACCCGCUCCGUCGAGGGGGUCACCAAGGCCAAGGGCCUCGAUCCGGGAGCGCCAGCCUGGAAGCUCCGCCAGCGGGUGCCCCACCUGACCCUCCCCUGGGAUUACUCGGUCUACCUGCUGUCCACGGUGCAGGCCGCCCUGGGGUUCCACUUCGUGGCCCGCCAGAGCCGCGGCUCGGAGGGGACCCUCGUCUCUCUGGUGUCUCCGGCCGCCACCAAGAGGGACGGGCGGCCGCUGCUGCAGCUGUUGUCCAGCACCCGGGCCGACCAGCUCCGGCUGGACUACCGCGCCGUGCACAACAUGGAGCCUGCCUCCUUGGUCUUUCCCGGCAGAACGCCCUUUGCCCAGGGCCGCUGGGUCCGGCUGGCCCUCAACCUGGAGCCUCAGCGCAUCUCCCUCUUCGUGGAUUGCCAGGAGCCGGUCGUCUUCGAAAAGGGCGGCGGGGAAGACGUCCUGAGCCUCAUCCUGCCCCUGGAUCUGCAGAUCACCUUUGCCAGUUUGUCUGGAGAUAAGACCAGCAAAUUCUUGGGCUACUGGCAGACGGCGGAGAUCUCGCCCAGUGGAUUCCCACACCGCCCCUGGCACUGCGAGAACCUGCCAGAUCCUGACCCGCUGCCUUUGCCCUACACCAUGGCCGAAGAGCACUACCUGGAUCUGCCGGGGCAGCCCCUCACCCAACUGGAUGCCCCACCACCCCUCGAGCCGCUGGCCCUCACGGACAUCCGCCAUUACCAGCGGGAGCCCAGCGAGGCUGAUUUCCCACCCCUGGGGGUAGCAGCACGGUCUGGCCUGGGUAGCCCAGAGGAGAGGAUCCGGAGGCUGGAGGAACUGGUGGACGGACUGGGGACCAUGCUGGAUAUGGUGAAAGAGCAGAAUUCCAACCUGCUGGGCCGUGUGAAGUCCCUGGAGGAGUGCGAAUGCCGGCGACUGACCUGCCUUUGGGAAGGGCGGCGCUAUGAAGACGGCGCUUCUUGGGAUCAGGACCCCUGUACCACCUGCCUGUGUGUGCGGGGCAAGGCGGAGUGUUCGCUGAGACAUGACCGACCGCAUUGCCUGGGUUGCACAGACGACCAAAAGGAAGGUGAGAGCUGGAUGCCGGACCCGUGUCAGACUUGCCGGUGUGAGGAUGGCACAGUGACCUGCGAGGUGGAAGACUGCCCCCCGCCACCGUGCCAGCACCCCGUCGUCCCAGAGGGGAAAUGCUGCCCGGAGUGUGGGGGUUGCCUGUACAAGGGCCACCACCUGGCUGACGGGCAGAGCUACCUGGGGGAGUCGUGCAUCCAGUGCGUCUGCAAGUGUGUGAAAUGGAGUUCUGCAGGGAUCCCCAGCGCGGUGUCCCUGGGCACAGGGGCGCACGCCGACAUCUUUCCUGGCAUUUGCCAAGGUCUUCUAGGAAGCAGGCGGGGCCUGGCAGGCACCGUGCAAUGCCAGGCUGCCACGUGCCCAGAGCUGGCAUGCCGGGAACAUCACGUGCCACCCGGGGAGUGCUGUCCAGUUUGCCGCCCAGGUUGUGAGUACGAAGGUCAGCGCUACCAAGAGGGAGAGGUCUUCGUGGCCGUGUCCAACGCCUGCAUGAAUUGCUCCUGUCUGAGAAGCCUAGUCCGAUGCCACCCAAUCAGGUGCCCUGCGAGCCGCUGCUCCAACCCCGUCCCCCAGGCCGGCCAGUGCUGCCCCGUCUGCCCAGCUUGCGAGCUGGACGGACAUCCCUUGGAACCAGGGCAGAAGAGCCUCUCGGCGGACGGGUGUCGGCGCUGCUCCUGUUCCGAAGGGGAGCUGGUCUGCGUCCCGGCUCAGCCGUGCCCCAAGGCUUGCACCCACGGAGCACCACCCGUGGUUGGCUCCUGCUGCCCGGAUUGUGCCCGCUGCCUUUUCCAAGGAAGGCUCAUUCCCAGUGGAGUGGAAUUCACCGGCCACGAUCUUUGUGAGCGCUGCGUUUGCGAGGGUGGGACUGUUCUCUGCUCGCAGCUCACUUGCCCAAAGCUGGACUGUACCGCGACAGAGGAUGUGGCUGGCAAAUGUUGCCCCCGCUGCCAAGGUUGUGUGGACGGAACCAGCCGAUACGAUCACGGAGAGGAGUGGACACCCACCACGGACCCUUGCCUGAAGUGCAGGUGCCAGGAAGGGAAUGCCGUGUGCAAGCGGAGGCAGUGUGCCAGUCUGUGCCGCCACCCAGCCCCCCCUCGCUGGGGCUCCUGCUGCCCCGUCUGUGACGGUUGCCUGUGGGAAGGGCGGGAGUAUCGCAGCGGAGAUCCGGUGCAGAGUGUCGACCCUUGCAAGAGGUGCCGAUGUAGGGCCGGGGAGGUCUCCUGUGAGCGGCUGGAGGCAGACUGCCCCCCAGCACCCUGUAGCCACCCUGGCAAAGUGCCCGGCCAGUGUUGCCCGACCUGCAAUGUUUGUGAAUUUGAAGCCCGCCUGUACCAGAACGGAGAGACCGUCACCCCUGGAGGGGGCAACCCAUGCCUUCGCUGCUCAUGCACAGACGGGCACAUCCGGUGCCAGGAGGAGCUCUGCCCCCCCACCCCCUGCUCCCAGCCUGCCCGAGACCCAGAGCGCUGCUGCCCACUCUGCAAAGUUUGUAUCCUUGACAGUGUGGAGUUCGAGGAAGGCACCGAAUGGGAGCCGGAAGGAGAUCCCUGCAGCACCUGCCUCUGCCUCCAGGGGGAGCCCGUGUGCAGCGCCACCCAGUGCCCACCUGUCCCCUGCCAACAUCCUGCCCAGCUUCAAGGCUCCUGUUGCCCGACCUGCCAGCGAUGCUCCUACAAACAGCGGCUCUACGAAAACAGGCAAGAGUUUGUCGACCCGGACAACCUUUGUCAGAGCUGUCGGUGUAUGGACGGCACCGUGUUUUGCUCCCCCACCGUCUGCCCACCUGCGGUCUGCCCCCAUCCGGAGAAGAGGCUUGGAUUCUGCUGCCCCAAAUGCCCCGACUGCACUCAUGACAACCAUGUGGUGUUGGACGGAGAGGAGUUCCCCAACCCACAGAAUCCCUGCCAGGCUUGUCUGUGCACCAGUGGGGAACUCUACUGCAAGGAGCGGCACUGCCCUGGCGCUCUCUGUGCCCACCCCUUGCCAGGAUCCUGCUGCCAGAACAACUGCAACGGUUGCAACUAUGCUGGGAAGGAGUACCCCAACGGAGCCGAGUUCCCCCACCCCACGGACAAGUGCCGGCGAUGCCAUUGCAUUAACGGCAACGUUCAGUGCCUCUCGACCAGGUGUGGCCCCUUGGUCUGCCCAGAGCCCUUCAUGAUGCCUGGGGAAUGCUGCCCCCGCUGCCCAGCCCCCCCAGCCAGCUGCCUUUACCUGGGCCUCUCCUACCAGCACACGGAGCGGUUCUACGACCCGUCGGACAAAUGCCGGGACUGCAUGUGCAGCAACGGGACCAUCACCUGCCAACGCCAGCCCUGCGCGCCGGUCCAGUGCUCUCACCCGCUGAAGCAGGACUGCUGCCGUUCCUGCGACGGCUGCCUUUACCAUGGGAAGGAGCUGCCCAACGGAGAGCAGUUUGCAGACCCCAAGGACCCCUGCGGCAUCUGCUCCUGCUGGGAGGGGAGCGUCACCUGUAAACCCAAGGCCUGCCCCCCAGCGGAGUGCCCGUUCCCUGUCCCCGGACCAUGCUGUAAGCUCUGUGAAGGUUGCGAGUACCUCUCUGAGCCCUACCUGGACGGCCAGGAAUUCCCGGACCCCCAGGACAGCUGUGGCAUCUGCUCCUGCCAGGGCGGAUUCGUUACCUGUGCCAAGAAGCCCUGCUACCAAGUGGGCUGCAGCCACCCGGUCAAUGUGCCCGGGCAAUGCUGCCCCGUGUGCCAUGGGUGCUUCUACAACGGCGUCACCAUUGGCAAUGGGCAGACCUUUCCCGACCCCGGAGACGCCCUCUGCUCCCAGUGUACGUGCCGGGAGGGUUCAGUUCAGUGUCUGAAGAAGCUCUGUGUGCCCGCCCCCUGUGCCCAUCCUGUGCCCGGUCCGUGUGCCUGCACCCUGUGCCAAGGCUGUUACUUCCAAGGGCACGAAUACAAGGACGGAGAGAAAUUUGCUGCCCCCAACAAGCCCUGCGAGGAAUGCCGCUGCCUGAGAGGGGAUGUGUCCUGUGGGCCCCGCCUGUGCCCCGUGCCACCCUGCCCUCACCCGUCACGUGACCCCUGUGGCUGCCCCAUGUGUGACGGCUGCAGCUUCCACGGUCGAGACUGUGGAGAUGGGGAGCGCUUUCUGGACCCCCAGGACACCUGCCGCCAGUGUACCUGCUUGGGUGGCACCGUGACAUGCUUGCCCACCCCGUGCCCGCCCACGGCUUGCCAGAACCCGGUCGCUCUGCCCGGCCAGUGCUGCCCAAAAUGCACGGGGGCCUGCCACUACCAGGGGCACCUCUACCAGAGCGGCGAGACCUUCCCUUCCCCCGAAGAGGCUUGCCAGACGUGCGGGUGCUUGGCGGAAGUGGUGACGUGCCAUCCGAAGCCCUGCCCACAGCAAUGCUCCCACCCCUUGCCCCCCACCGCCCCAGCCUGCUGCCCGACCUGCGAUGGCUGCCUCUUUGAGGACCAGAAGCAUGCCAACCGACAAACCUUCACCCCGCCCUCGGAGCCCUGCCGGCGCUGCAGCUGUCUGCAUGGCAACGUGGCCUGCGCCCCUCUUGUCUGCCCCCCAGCGCCAUGUGCCAGCCCCCUCCACAGGCCAGGCCGCUGCUGCCCGGAGUGCCCCGUGUGCCAGCACGCGGGCCAGGAAUACCCCGAAGGCGCCCAGUGGAUCUCGCCCUUGGAUCCCUGCCAGCAGUGCUCCUGUGUGGAUGGAAAUGUCCGCUGUGAUAUGAUCCAGUGUCCUGUGACAGGCUGCUCCCACCCGGUGACUGAGCCCGGGGUCUGUUGUCCACGUUGUAAAGGCUGCGUGUACGAGGGCCGGGAGCACGCGGACGGCAGCCACUGGCUUUCCUCCUCCACGCCUUGCAUGGCCUGCAUGUGCGUGGAUGGUGUGGCCACCUGCGCUGAGAUCAUCUGCGUCAGCUCCUGUAUCAAUCAGAUCGAAGUCCCUGGGGAGUGCUGCCCGCUUUGUGCAGACUGCAGUUAUGACGGCCAAGUCUAUGGACCAGGGGAGAGUUUCCAGCCAGGAGAGGACCCCUGUGAAAUCUGUACCUGUGAGCUGAUGUCGGAUGGCGAACAGCGCCUGCAGUGCUACCGGAAGCAAUGCCCCAGCCUGGUGGACUGCCCCCGGGAACAGAUCCAGCGCCCUGGCCCUGGGCAAUGCUGCCCCACGUGCACUCAGGCGCUGAGCAACUGCACCUCCAGCCUGGUGGGCAACGAGGUCCCGGCCACCGACGAGCCCUGCUACACCUGCCAGUGCAAGGAUCUGACCUGGGUUUGUGUCCACCAAGGAUGCCCGCUGCUGAGUUGCCCCACGGCCGAGCAGUUCACCCCUCGCGGCGCCUGCUGCCCCAUCUGUGACGAAUGUGUGAUCGAAGUCGAGGGGCGGCGUGUGUCUGACGGGGAAACCUGGAGGGACAGCGUUGACGGUUGCAUCACCUGCUCAUGCAGCUUGGGCCACAUCGAGUGCCACAUCCAGGAAUGCGUCCCUGUGGUGUGCCCGGAUGGGCAUGUGAAAGGGCAGACUCCAGGAGGCUGCUGUGUCCAGUGCCAAGCCAGCGUGGUCACCUGCUCCCACCAGGGCCGCACCUUCCAGUCCAACGAGCACUGGCAGGUGGACGAAUGCACAGCCUGCAACUGCAUCUCCGGGGAGGUGCAUUGCCGCAGCGAGAGAUGCCCUCCUGUCGCCUGCGCUGCGGACGAGACGCCGGCCGUGACCCCCGGGGUGUGCUGCCCGCACUGCGUGCCCCGCCCCGCCACCUGCGUGGCCUUUGGUGACCCCCACUACCGCACUUUCGAUGGCAGGAUGGUUCACUUCCAGGGCAGCUGCACAUACGUGAUGGUCCAGGACUGCGAGGGAGGGGAUUUCAGCAUCCACGUGACCAACGAUGACCGCGGGCGCCAGGGCGUGUCCUGGACCAAGGAAGUGACGGUGCUGAUGGGCGGCGUCAUCGUGCAGCUGUUGCAAGACCGGGUCGUCAUGGUAGACUCCCAGACUGUGACCCUCCCCUUCCUGAAGGAACCCCACCUGUAUGUCGAGCUAAAGGCCAACACCCUCCUGUUGAACACCAAUAUUGGCGUGAAGGUGCUCUGGAAUGGCCGCUCCCACCUGGAGGUCAGCGUGCCCGGCACAUACAAAGGGCUCACUUGUGGGCUUUGCGGCAACUUCAACAGCUACCCCCAGGACGACCUGCGGCUCCAGUCCGGGCACCUCACUUUGUCCGAGGCUGCCUUUGGCAACAGCUGGAAGGUGGUCGGGGCCAACAGCACGGAACGAGGUGGCUGCGCUGAUGGGCAGGACGUGGACCCCUGCAAAGAGACCGGGUACCGCUCCCGCAAAGAAGCCAACGCUCGCUGCAAGGUGCUGAAGUCGCCGCCAUUUGAGCGCUGCCACGCCGCCGUCCCCCCGGAGCCGUUCUUCGCCUCCUGCGUCUAUGAUCUGUGCGCCUGUGGAACGGCCAGCGGUGAUGAUUGCCUCUGCGAGGCCUUGGAAGCCUAUGCCGCUCAGUGCCGCCAUGCCGGGCUGGUGCUACAGUGGAGGUCGCCCAUGCUCUGCGCCGUGGGCUGCCCGCAAGACAGGGGCUACGUGUUUGAUGAAUGCGGACCGCCCUGUCCCAAGACCUGCUUCAACUACGCCGUGCCCCUGGGGGUGCUGGAGUCCCAUUGCUUCAAGCCCUGUGUGCCCGGCUGCCAGUGCCCUGCAGGGUUGGUGGAACACGAAGCUCACUGUAUCCUGCCCGAGGCCUGUCCCCGCGUCAUCUACGGCACCCUCUGAGCCGGGAUCGGACUGGAUUGG